CCUGAGCUGUUAAGAGCAAUAGUAGACUGCGGUUUCGAGCAUCCUUCCGAAGUCCAACAAGAAUGUAUCCCUCAGUCGCUGCUGGGAACAGAUGUUCUAUGUCAAGCAAAAUCAGGCAUGGGGAAGACGGCUGUCUUUGUACUUGCAACGUUACAACAAGUCGAACCUGCUCCCGGUGAAGUAUCGGUAAUCGUAUUGUGCCAUACUCGGGAACUGGCAUUCCAGAUUCGAAACGAGUAUACUCGAUUCGCUAAAUAUAUGCCAGAAGUUAAAAUCGACGUGUUCUACGGAGGAACAUCCAUGAAGAGCGAUAUCGAUAAAUUUAAACAAAAGGAUAAAAUUCCGCACAUCGUCGUCGGCACUCCUGGGAGAGUGUUGGCGUUAGUGAAAGACGGCUACUUGAAAGUGGGAAGUGUGAAACAUUUUGUUCUCGAUGAAUGUGACAAGAUGCUCGACCAGCUUGACAUGCGGAGGGAUGUGCAAGACAUUUUCCGAAAGACGCCGCAUGGGAAGCAAGUGAUGAUGUUUAGUGCCACUUUGAGCAAAGACAUUCGACCCAUUUGCAAGAAGUUUAUGCAAAAUCCUCUGGAGAUAUAUGUCGAUGAUGAAGCCAAACUAACACUUCAUGGUUUGAAACAGUAUUACACAAAACUGCAAGAGAGCAUGAAAAAUCGAAAGCUUAAUGACAUACUUGAUGAAGUCGAAUUCAAUCAACAUUUGUAUCCAUGGGCAAAUGAAGCAGGAGGAUCG